AUGGAGUCUCUUGUAGUUACUUUAGCUCUGGCAGUCUUCUUAGUAACACAAGGAAGCAUUUUUAGUUUCUGUUUGGCCUCCUCUGCUUCUUCUACUGACCCUGUUUCUAACUGGUUUCACUGGCCCUGGAAGAAGCCGCCGUUUAUAUGGCACCCUAAAGUUCCAUCUUGGCCACCUCCACAACCCCCUGUCGAGACGAAUCCUCCGCCAGAACAGUAUCCACCACCCAUCGAGACGAAUCCUCCGCCGAUCGAGACGCAUCCUCCACCGGAACCACCAACAACAUAUCCUCCACCGGUGCAGAAUCCACCGGAACCGCCAACGACAUAUCCUCCACCGGUGCAGUAUCCACCGCCGAUCAAGACAUAUCCUCCGCCAACGGUACAGUACCAUUCGCCUCCGAUCAAGACGUAUCCUCCUCCGCCGUCACAUUAUCCUCCAUAA